AUGGACCAUUCAAAACAACACAAAACGCGACGCAGCAAGAGAAAGCGACCACCUCGUCAAGAGACGGCCAGCCGCGUAACCACCGCCACCCCAUUCAUAGAGAUCCCAUUCUCCCACAUCCUGCACUCGCGCCAGUCCCGCCACCACUUCCCUCCGUCGCACCCUCUGCACGCGGGCGGCCAGGCGAACUGCGCGCGCAUCAAGCUACUGCUGCGCCAGGUGCUGGAGACCAGCGUCGACGUGCGCGCCGACCUGCUCGGCCCGCGCCGGCUUGACGCCGCCAUCGGCCACCUGCUCUCGCUGGGCCGGCAUGACGUGCUGUGCGUGGGCGACGUGACGCGCGGACUGCGCCGCUGGAGCGCGUUCGCUGCCUCCCGCCGCCGCAUGCCGUCGCCGCUCUGGUUCGUGCGCGUGGAUGUGCGCGACGCGUACGGCUCUGUGCAGCACCAACUGCUGCUGCGCGUGGUGCGCGAACGGCUGGCCGAGCUGCCGGCUACUGUGGUGCUGUGCCGCCGGCCGCGCGGCGGCUACGCCCUCUGGGGCGCGAGCGCGGCCGGGCCUCGCACGCCGGUGAGAACCGCAGACGUGGCGGCCGCGCUCGACCGGCUGGUCACCGGUCAGGUCGUGCUGUACGGGCGGCGGGCUUUCCUCUUCACGUGUGGCAUCCCGCAAGGCGGGCCGCUGUCGUCGGCGCUCUGCGAUCUGUACUACGGCGCCAUGCUGCGUCGCGCCGCGAACUGGUGCUUUCCGCCGGAGCCGCAGGCGGCGCUGCUGCUGCUGCGUUCCGUGGAUGACAUCCUGCUGCUGACCGAGCGGCGCCGUGCGGCUCUGUGCUUCCACCAGAUGGCGCAGGCCGGCGUGGAGCAGUUCAGCUGCCGCAUGAACCCAGACAAGAUGCGCACUAACCUGUUCACCGACCCGGGCCCCGAGGUGGCAUUCGUCGGCAGCGUGUUCCACACGGGCACACUCGAGGUCAGUCCGGACACGGCAGCCUACGACGGCGUGGACAUGCGCUUCACCUUCCGCACGGUGCGCCUGCGCCGGCCGGGCGAGUACCUGCGCGCUCGCCUCAUCUACUUGGCCACCGUGCGCAUGACGCCUCUGCACUGGGACCCACGCGUCAACUCGUCGGAGCGUCUGUGGCGCUCCCUGCGCGCCCACUUCGUCGUCACGGCGCGCCGCUACGGUGGCUACGCCGCCUGGGCGGGCGCGCCGGCCGUGCGCCGCGCUGCUGUGGCCGCCUUCCUGCGGGUGCUGCCGCCGGAGCUGGAGGUGCUGAGGGCGGCGCUUAGGCGCGUUGGUCGAUGCAGGAAGCGGGCGGGUCCGACGGCCGAGAUGAGGCUGACGGUGCGGACGGAUCGGCUGGGCGAGGGUUCAGCUGCGCCAGAGGGGGAGACGCAGUGA